AUGCACCGGGAUUACGGGAAGGCGGUUCACCUACGCUCCCGGGUAAUGAAGCAGUGGAAGAAGAACUUUGGACUGGCGCAGCGCGCGAUGACGCUGCCGCCGGACACAGCAGGCAUCGACACGCGGGAAGAGUUAGCAGCACGGCGAAAAUGCGGGAAGGAUGGUCAAGAAGACGCCGGAAGGGGAGAGUCAGAAGGUUGCCCUACGUGGUGGCCGGGAAGAUCAUCCACCCGAGUAUGGUGGUGUCCAGCACCCAACGAAGGAAGGAAGAGAGCGGCGAAGCGCGAUGAUGAAGAAGAAAUCAGGGAGGAGAUCGACCUGACGCAAGCGGAUAGCGACGACAAGGAACCAGCCAACGGAACGCGGGACUGGAUACUGCAGAAAUAUAAAGUGGGGCAACAGGUACCGUGGCCGACGGACGUCCGGCGUGUCACUAUGAUUCAGAACCCCUACAAGAUCUCCUUUAACAUACCUGGCGCACGAGAGGAGAAAUGCGGAUGUGAAGGACGAUGCGAGAUCGCGACGUGUCCGAACGCGGCGGAGAAGCAGGGUCAGUACGUAUUGGACUCCCCACGUGAGGUGGUGUAUACGGUAGAAUUGCGCCAACGGGACACGAAAGCACACCGCGUGUACGUCAGUGCGGAAGAGUGCGGCUCGGUGGCGCGGUUCGUAGAGCAUUCUUGUACCCCGAACACCCACUUCCAUGAGGUGCGGGGGAGGCGACGAGUGGUCGUGUCGCUGGUGGCGCAAUCCGAUAUUGUCUUUGGGACAGAGGUCAUUGUCGAUUAUACCGGCCAAACGAACAGUGCCCUCUGGUUUCAUUUCCAGUGCGCCUUGCACCAGAACGAAAACCGAGACGCCUUGCGCGCGACCGCAAUGAAGAAGGAAGUCGAGCCAGCAACUAUUGUACAUCAAUUGUAA